GCACCCUCAGCUCCCACCUCACCACACGCCUCCUCCGUCCGCGCACAGUCACUCUCCUUCCAGCAGGCGGCAGCAGCAGCUCCUUGUUGCCAACUAACUCCACCAACACACGCGCACCAGCACCACCACCACAGCAGCAGCGGGAGGGAGCUGAGGAGCGAUGGCCAUGGAGGACUCGUCCUCGUGCUCCGAGCCCACCACCUCGUCCUCCGCGGAGGCGCCGGCGUCGCCGAGCGCGACCACGGCGUGUUCGUCCUCGGACUCCUCCUCCUCCCCCGGCAAGGGCACGAAGCGCCGGCGCAGCAAGGACGGGCACCACCCGACAUACCGCGGCGUGCGCAUGCGGGCCUGGGGCAAGUGGGUGUCGGAGAUCCGGGAGCCGCGCAAGAAGUCGCGCAUCUGGCUGGGCACCUUCGCCACCGCCGAGAUGGCGGCGCGCGCCCACGACGUCGCCGCGCUCGCCAUCAAGGGCCGCGCCGCGCACCUCAACUUCCCGGAGCUCGCGGGCGAGCUCCCGCGCCCGGCCACCGCCGCACCCAAGGACGUCCAGGCCGCCGCCGCGCUCGCCGCCGCCGCCAACUUCCCGGCGCCCGGCGCCAAUGCGGACGGCGCCGGCAGGGCCGACCCCGACGACGACGGCCCGGACGCCUCCGCCUCGCCGCCCCAGCCGCAGGAGACGGACGGCAACCCCGACGACGCGCUGUUCGACCUCCCCGACCUCCUCUUCGACCUCGGCAGGCACGGGCCCUCGUCGUGCCAGCUCUCGUGCGCCGCGUCGUGGGACGACGACGUGUGCUUCCCCGGCGCCGGCGCAUCGUUCCGCCUCGAGGAACCGCCGCCGCUGCUGUGGGACUACUACUAGAGCCAAGCAGCUUCAACCUGCAGCUUCGUGUAUGGCUUGUAUGUAAUCGCCGCGGUGGACCAGAAAGAAACCACCCGUGUAAACCGCCCAUCCCGGCGCUGGACCAGAAAAUGGCCUAAUUUAGAGGCAGUCCUCCUGUCAUCUACUCCCCCAAAUUUAGAAAGCAAACCAUGUCUAGUAUAAUUCUAUAAAAAAUCAGCCUCCUCCAACCUGUCGCCUGUCUUUGCUUGGAUUGUGGAGCAAGAAUAUGAGCACGACUGGUGUGGUUAUUUUAAAUAAAAUUCUUCA